AUGGCGAGACGGUCCUUGCGGGCGCGUAAGCCCGCGCAGGACGAGCCUUCUGAUAGACGCUCAGCUCAAAAACGAAGAAAUGCCGAAGCAGAAACUGCCGGCACGCCCAGGCAGAAGAAAAAGAAAUCGGAGAAAGAUUCAUCAUCUGAGAGAAGAGGAAAGCCUGGAAGACCAUCUCGGGGAAAGAAAGAGACGCCGCCUGCAACUCCAACUUCAACAAAAGGACGAGGAUCAGGGAGAAAAGGGCGAGGACCAGCGAAGAAACGUACGGACAGAUUCCAGAUGGUGCUGGAAGACGACUACGAUAAAGAUUAUAUUGACUACGAGUCGCCCGAAGAAGAGAUCCAAGAGGCCGAGGAGGAAGAUGUCCUGGACAUGGAUACGAAUCAAGAGGACGAUGAGACGCCAGAAGAAGAGACAAAUAUCGAUAUAACGUCGGAUUCAGAUUCCGAGACUGAAGCGGGGCACAGCUCAAGAUGUCCCUCUGAAAUCGACGAAAUGUCAAUGGAACCUCUCGAUAUCUGGCGGGAUAAUUCUCGUCACUUUCCAGAGCUUGAGCUUCCCGAGUCGUCGCUUGAUCUUCUUAUCCCUCCGAGUCAGCUCUUAUUAGAUGCUUUGGAGGCUUACGAAACACUACGGCACUUUAGCCAGGCGCUGAAGCUCACUGUGUCGAAAUUUGAGUGCUUCUUAACGGCACUCGUGCAUAAAGAACAUAACGCAAUGAUUUCACACACAUUUCUUGCCCUUCUGAAAACGCUGUAUAAAUCGGAUGAUCGCAGUGGAAUCGCAUAUGGUCCAGCUGACUCACGUGACGGGGCGUAUUCUCUGUAUGCAUUUACCGAUCUCCUCACGUGGCCAUAUUCACUCAAAGUCUACGCAGCAUCUGAUCCGGUACAUUUUGGCGACUUGGACUUGGAUAAGAUCAAUAAUCUGCCUUUUGAAUCGACUGCUGUCAAAGUACAAGUGCUCAAAGCGUUGUUAUCAGCAGUUCUUGACAGUGAUAUCAUUCGAAACUUCAUUGAAAAGGGCAGAACUGAUCAUACUGGAGAGGAGACAUGUCGGAGCUGUCAAACUAAGGGACAACUCGUUCUUUGUGAUAGGUGCCCGGCGGGAUACCACCCUCACUGCGCAAAUAUAAAGGAUACUGAUAAAAUUGAUCAGAUUUCGUUCGAAUGCACCGUUUGCCUUCAAAACAAAAUCAAUCUUGUUCAUGACUGCAUUCCUGAAGCAGAAGAAGAAGACCCCAAGUAUUUGAGACACGUGAUCCUGGGUUAUGACAGACAUGGGAGAAAGUACUGGUAUCUUGUGAGAAGACUGUGGGUGGAAGAUUCAAAAGAGAACAAGUGCUGGUAUUAUUCGACACCCCAUCAAUUUGACGAAUUGAUCAACGCGCUGGACGCGGCUGAUUACGAAUCGUCGCUCGUAAAGAAACUGGAAGAGAUGAAACAAGAAAUAACGGGCAAUAUGGAGAAGACUAUCACAGCUACGAAAAAUGUGAGUCUAACGACUGCCAUUCGUCAAGUGAAACCUCAAGCUUACUUCGAUUUCAUCAGCCCUUCAUCCGAUGGAGUUUUAGCCCAACCAACCUGCAAAUUCGCUCCAGGAACACCAACAAACGAAGAGUUCCCAGAACAUGCAAAGAUCGAAACGACCUUCAGACUCGGUCUUGAAAGACUGGUGUACCAAAAUUUUUACUACGAAAAUCGUCAAGCAAUGAACAAGCGGGAGCUCAAAGAGAUCAAAGAUUUCGAAGGGAAGCUCUACGCGAUGGAGUAUGCUGGCAAUUGGGAUCGGCAAAAAUUCGUGCGCCCUGAAAAUAUCAACAGAAUUCUUUGGAGCAGCAACAAAGUUGCUGGUAUCGGUGUAAUGGAGAGACUCAUCAGAGAAAUUGUGGAUACGAUGCGGAAGCUUUCGGAAGGAUUCUCAAAGUGGUAUUUUCAUCCAGACUGGAUGCAAAAGCGUAUGGACUGGAGACAGAAACUUAACCAAUGUAGAGACAUAAAAGAGAUCGCCAGACUAUUAGAGGUGUUUGAAGCACAUUUACGUCCUUGUAUGAAGCGUACAAUCUGGUUUGACUGCGUCGGACAAACUUCGCUUACUCGAAUCUCCACUAAAGAAGACCAAAAAGGCUCUGAAGCGAGAAAACAACGGGACAAGAAGUUAAAGCUCGAGGAAAUCAAGGCAGAGGAAGAGCGAACUGCAUACCGUGAGACUUUGUACAAUCCCUACGUUCACUACAACAGGAAUAAAGAGUCGAUCUUGACGAAUCGGAUGACGAAGCUGUCUAUGGUAAAAGGUGAAGAGUACAGAUAUGACAGAGGAUUCUGUGGAUGGUACUGGAGAUCGAAAACUUACCGUUCGACUCAUAAAAAGCCCAAAAGCGAGUCAGUGAGUUCAGACUCAAUAUCAGAAAAGAAAGACCUCAAAGUCGACAAGCUCUUGGAACUGAGGGAGCAUAUGGAAGAGGUUGCAGAGGCAGAGAAAAAGGCAAAAGAGGAAGCGGAGAAAAAAGCGAAAGAAGAAGCUGACAUCAAGGAAGAAGAGAAAAAACAGACGGAAAAAGACAUGGAUGAUAUUCUGAGUUCUGUGCUCGAGACUGCCGCAGCUGAAAGCGAAAAAUUGUCAGAAAAGGCGACCCCAAGAAAGGUUGAAAACGGGGAAGAAAUCAAACAAGAGCCCGAAGACAAACCUGAUAUCAAACCAUCAGAGCCAGAGGAAGCAACAGCUCAACCAGUGAAACUGAAAAAGCGGGUCAUCACUCAAAUUCCCGAGCUGACCUCAAUCAGCGUGAAAAAGUUUACCUCUCGCGGAGUCUUCAGUUUAUUCCGAUACUCGUACGGUGUUAAACACAUGGCGAGAACUGGUGGCUGUGUUCCCUGCGCAAAAGGCUUCAACUACAACGCUAAGUCGCACCGUUCAAAUGAAGUGUGGCCGUAUCCAGCUCCCAAGCCGGCUUAUCAUAUCAUUUGGAAGUACCGCCUUGCCGAGUGUGACGACAUCUACACCUUAGCUCAUCUGUUAUCUAUAUUUAUUCGAAUGCUAAAGUGGGACCUUGUCGUCGAACGACCGCCUUUUGUUGACGGCGAUAAAUUGACUUGGACGGAUACCUCGGAGGAUGAAAAUAUCACUUACGAAAUCAAGAACAAACGUUACUUGGCUGGAUCCGCUCGACUCCGAAUGGAGUACGAAGUCAAGCAAACUAUCCUCCCCGCUGAUUCCGAGGAAAUCAUUCCCACCCGAGAUCAAAGAGCCGUGGAAGCAAUGGCAAGAUCUGGACGACGUCUUAGGCAAUUGAAAAAUACAGAUGAUUAUUCAAGAAACGAACCCUCGGAGACAGUUGCUUGGAUCAACGAAGAACGCAUGAAAAUUUGGCAAAUCGAGCUCUACCAUCGAGUCACGGAAGAAAACGGAGGAAACGCAUCGAGAAGUGCCACAUAUGAGCGUGGUGGAUCUCUUCGCGAUCGUUCUUCCAUUCGACCGCGUGAGGUGCUCGAUCCUUCACCGGAUUACACUCCAGAAAAGAACAUUCCGACUCGAGCUCGUCCUCACUCUGACAAUUCUUACAAAGAGCAAACUAUGUCGAACAGCAUCCUGGACUCUCGAAACAAAUUCUUGCCUUCCCGCCCAGCCCGAAUCAUCCGCCCUCCAGACCAAAUCUCAAAACAGACAUACACACCCUACAGAGGCCCGCCCAGGCCACAACAGUCACCGUCGGCCACCAAUGUGCGAAUAACGAAGCAGGUGUUGGAGAGCAUCCUCCACAAUCCAACCUAUUUCACUCAAAUUAACUACGACAAGCCCCCAGAACACUGCCAGUACUUGAAAAUUUCCGAACCGACCGAUCUGACCCUCUUUCCCGGAGGAAAGAACUACCAGACGAAGAUUAGCAAUGAGCUCAAGCAGAUCUACUCUUACACGCCUGGCUCUUAUGAGAAAUACCAGGACAUGAUCAAGGCGAAGAAAGUGUUGAAAAUGGCACCUCCACCUCCACAGAACAACCAGCCUUCGCCGAAGCCUAGAACACCGCCACCACCGCCGAAUCAAUCUGUUCCAGCGCCUCAACAGAUCAAUGGUCAAUUGCACCAAGUCUUCCAUCUGUACGACAAGAACACCGGCCGAACAAUCCAAGCUAUCAAAGGAGCAAAUGGUUCAUUCACAGCAAUUGGUCAGAGCAGUGGACAAAUUUUCCACGUUGCCAACGGUCAAUCUUCCGGAUCCACGAUCAUGGCCGGAAACGCCGGUCAACAACAGCAGCAGCAAGGUGGCCAGCCAAAGCCCCAACAAGUCUUUCAACCACAGCAGCAGAACUCCAACAAUCAACAGUUCCAAAAAAACUCGAUGAACCCGCCAAUGUCACAGCCAAUUAUGAUUCAGCAGCCUCAAGCACAACAGAUUCACAUACAACAGCCGCACCAACAAGUUCAACUUCAACAGGGUCCACCUCAGCAAGCGGGAUCAACGAUGGUGAUCAACACUAGCAGCAGCAAUGGGGGUAGCAGUGACAACGGGAACAACGCCUACAUUACUUCCGAAGUGAAUCUGGGCAACGAGGCUAGAAACUCGCUUGAAAUGCAAAAGAAUGUGAUAAAAACGCAAAUACACCAGACCCGUCGUCAGAUGGUUCAGAGUUUCAUGCCCCGUCCCGCCUAUCAGUCACAACCCAUCGCUGCUAACUCGCCCCAACCUGUCCAGGCAGAAUGA